AUGUCGUCAUCAUUAUCAGACGUUGAAGAACAAACAAAUUCAUCGAAUGCUUGUUUUCAUUUUAUUCCUUCAAAACAUGAUCAUGAACAAUUGCAAUGUAAUUCAAAUCCUAAAUCGAGUUUUUAUUGUAUUAAAAAUGUACAACAAUCUUCUUGUCUUUCUUCGACAGCAUCAGUAUUGAGACCAGGAAGUGUAAAUAGUGUUUUUACUGUUAUUCCAUCAACGUCACAAGAUACGAAUAGUAACUCUAAAGCUUUACAACAUCGUCUAUUAAUUAAAGGUGGUCGAGUAAUUAAUGAUGAUGGAACAAUGUUUGCUGAUGUCUUCAUCGAAGAAGGUAUUAUCAAACAAAUUGGUCUUAAUCUUAUUGUACCUACUGGAACAAAAACAAUUGAUGCUACAGGCAAAUUUGUUAUGCCAGGUGGUAUUGAUACACAAACUCAUCUAGAAUUGGAAUUUAUGGGUACAAGAACAGUUGAUGAUUUUUAUACGGGUACCAAAGCAGCAAUUGCUGGCGGCACAACAACCAUUCGUAUGUACAAGAGAAGAAAAAGAAAAGCAUAG